AUGGAAACGGCAAAGAACCUCGUCAAUCAUGUUAUGGGGUAUAACAAGGAGGAUUCAUCAGACAACACCACCCACCAUCAUCUCGCCGGCCACCAUCACAGGAAUGACGCAUCCACCAGUGAUGACAGCAUCACGAGCUCCUCGGCGAGCGAAACUCCCUCGAAGCCCGUCUCGGCAGGAAACAGCGGCAGCAGUGAUCACCACGGCAGCUCCCACAACCUAGACCGAGUCCAGUCCCCCGAACAAGGACCUGACCCAGCCCUCGUCGGCGAACCCAACCCCACGGACAAGCUGUCUGGCACCGCCGCCCCAGGAAGCCACAGCGCCGUGUUUGGCUUGACCCCGGACGGCAAAAAGGUCAGUGACACCUCUCACGGCAGCUCGGCCCCGAAGCCCGCACAUAGCACCGAGACGGCUGUGGGUGGUGGCAAGAAAGAAGGAGGGAGCGAUACCGGUUCUCGAGCCACGGGGAGCGGCGAGGUGGGCGAGCAGAUGCACAAGGUCGGGGCGGACCAAGGCGCAAAGGGACUGGAGAGGACCGAUCCCGCGCCCGAACCCGCUGGGAGCGACGGCAAGCCAGGCGCAGGCCUGACGGGUCUACAACAGGGGGGCGGCAAGGUUUAA